UACAAUAAUGUGAAAAAGAUUGUGAUAUAUGCAAAAAACAAAGGGACCUCUGGUUUCCCUAAGAUAAACUAUUCAGUGUGGAGACAUAUUGCCUGCAAUAAGUUACACUUAUCAGAGGACCUUGCAUGGAUGUAUUUUUCAACUUGUCAUCUCUUAAGUGAGGACUUGUCAGCCAUUGAAAGAGUGGAGUGGGACCAUCGAUUUUCAGAAUGCUCACAUCAGUCAGAAGUGGAUGAACUCCGUUCACAAGUUUCUGUUGGCACGCUUAAAUUUGUCUUGUAUUUGUAUGUACAGCAACUUCAUAAAGUUUCACUGAAAGCUUCAUUGGUAGCGGGAGAUGAAUGGCCAAGUUUGAAGAAUUCUCAAGAUCUGGAGAGCUCUGGAAGGAGUACACCAAGAGGAAACAAAACUUUGGAUGACCACAGCCAUAUGUUAUUCAUUCAGCACAACAUUCAGGAAAUUUUGGAACUGCUUGUGGAACCAGAAAAUUACAGCCAAACUCACCCAGGAGAGUCCGCACUGACUGUAGAGGCGGUGGAGGCCAUGGGGUUCCUUAUUGCAGGCUCUGUGGACAAAUGUCGCUCUUUAGUCCCUUUACACGACAUUGCUAUCUUACAGACUGUUCAACACAAGAGUGGUUUUUCCAAAAUUACAAGGACUUUUAAUUUACGUAAAUUAAGCACAUGGCUGAAAGACUGUAUGGUCCAAAAUCCCUUUGGAAUAUCAUCCUGCAUUGCAAAUGGGCGUCGCCUGUCAUGGCCAAUGGCUGGAGAGGAUAAAGAGGCGAUGGCAGAGUCGACAACAAAGAGAGGCAAAAUAGCAACCAAUGCACACGUUGUUCCCAAAGAGCAAGCAAGAGGAAACAAAAUUAUCAUUAUGAGUCAAGUCAGCAAGCAAACGAUUGCAAGGAGUUCAGGUACCAUUGAUGGAAGCAGCGUGAAAAUUCACAGAAGCCAUUAUUCCUACCUGUACCUCUUAUCCCCUCUCAGGUCUGUUACCAUUGAGAAAUGUCGUAACACUACCAUUGUGCUGGGACCAAUUGAAAUUGCUUUGUACAUCAGUCACUGUGAGAACCUGACUGUGAUUUCUGUGGCUCGGAAUGUGAUGAUUAGUGGAAGUACCUCAUGCACGUUGCAUCUCCUCACUCCUAAUCGACCGGUGAUUCUGGGUGGGAAUGACUCCAUUCUACUAGCACCCUAUCACACAUUCUAUGGAACCUUGGAAGAGCAGAUGUCUAAAAGUGGGAUAGGAGUCAAUAGGAAUCUAUGGGAUCAGCCUCUCUGUAUUGGUCCUGACCACAAGGACACUGCCCCUAUCUGGGAAACACUGUCUACACAAGAUUUCUUUACCUUCAAUAUUCCUUUUGAAGUGGCGGGAAGGACACAGAGUAUUCCCAUGCCCUUGCCACCUAAGUAUCAAAAAGCCAUAAGUCAACGUCAGAAGCAUAUAGAUUCUUGGCAGAAAACUGUGAAAGAAUCGGGACUGUCCAAAGAACAGAGGAAAGAAUUUCAAAAGCUUGUGGAAUCUCGUUUUCAUGUGUGGCUUUCAGAAACCGGUCACAAACUGAGUAGGUUUUGGUUCACAUUGUUACCUAAUGGAUCAGAUGAUACGAUCGAUACAAGGAGUGAGGAAACUCACAGAGAUGGGGAGACAGAUCCUGAUGGUGAUCUGGUACUGACAAGGAGAGCAGACGGCCAACAGGAAGAGUGGAAUGUCCUAACAAUAGCACACUUUUUGGCAACUGAGCUGAAAGAUGUUGGAAAACAGUUGUGGUGUGGGUCUCUUCUUCUGGCUGACUAUCUGAUACACAUCCAAGGCGAGCUGAACAAUAAAACUGUGGUAGAGCUCGGAGCAGGGACUGCUCUAGCUAGCAUUGUAGCCUCAUUUUUUGCAAAGAGUGUUCUUUGUACAGAUAUAGGAGAAGAUGUGUUACGACUUGCUGAACAUAACUUGGACCAGAACUGGAACUGCCUACUUCUGUUGAAGGAGAAGAAUUACUGUGUUUGUGAACUUGACUGGACGUCAUCAGGCCUCGUUGCUGUUAUAUAUGAUGAUAAACUGACAUCAGCAUUUUUUAACACGAUAUACAGCAUCAUGUUGAAUCCACCAUCCAAGUCAUUGUACAUUAGCCUGGAGAAAAGGUACAUUUUCACAUUAGAAGAUAGGGAUGUAGUGGCCCCAGCCUAUGACUAUUUUCGUGAAUGUCUGGAGGCCCUGAUAAAGAGUACUAGUGACACCGGAGCUCAGUUUCACCAUCAGGAAAUACCAGUCACCUUCCCACAGUUCUUCACUUACAACAGAACCAAGGAAAUGAUCUUGUGCAAAAUUUACACCACAUUUCCUGACAGAUGACCACCAAACCAACAAGACUUGGGACAGCCUCGCUGUGUCCAGCCAAGAGCAGGUCAGAGCUAAAAUGCCCAUUUACAAGGAUCACCAGACAAGUUUCCUUCAGUUUCCUCUCGGUGUCUAGCCCAGAGCACGACAGCUACAAUGCCCAUUUACAAGGAUCACCAGACAAGUUUCCUUCAAUUUCCUCGCUGUGUCUAGCCCAGAGCACGAAGAAAUGUCUAGCCCAGAGCACGGCAGCUACAAUGCUCAUUUACAAGGAUUCACCAGACAAGUUUCCUUCAAUUUCCUCGCUGUGUCUAGCCCAGAGCACGAAGAAAUGUCUAGCCCAGAGCACGACAGCUACAAUGCCCAUUUACAAGGAUUCACCAGACAAGUUUCCUUCAAUUUAUCAAGUGUGUCAAUCUUUUAUUCCAGAGAUCAGUCUUCAUAGCUGUGCUGAUGUCAGACUACUGAGGGAACAGUGUGACUGAUACCCUAAUAACUCAUUUAUAACAUUUUAUUACAGAUAGAAAAUAAUGGCAAUUCAAAACACCAAUUGGCAGAAAAAUGUCAGAGUUAUCAAUAGGCAAUUGAUCACAGUGUCUGUACGUGUUGGAUUUCAAUGAAAGUUUUGUUCACUUUAAGGGGACAUGGACAUGACUUUUGAUUGAUUGGACAUGGACAGGACUUUUGAUUGAUUGAAAUUGACAGAUUAUUUGUUAAAACAAGAUCCCCUAUGAAAAAAUGGAUUAAAGAUAUUUUUACACAGAAUAAUCUUUGUAUUUUUACUUAAAAUCCGGCUCCCUAAAAUGUGUUUGUCAUAACCAGGAAAUCACGUGCGGAGGCGUGAGAACACUAAGAUUUCUAAAAGGUCUGUCAAAAGCAUUAAACAUGUUAAUAAUAAAACAUUUAAGGGACAAGCACAAAUAAGAACAGAAAAUUUUCAUUGGAAAAGUUUUUUUUCACCAAAGCUUUCAACUGAUGGUUUAUUCAGGCCACAUGUAAACAUAAACGGGGUCCCUGUCUUGUUUUGAAAAUAAACAAGAGGCCCAUGGGCCUAGAAUCGCUCUUCUGAUACAUUGUAGAACAGGCAAAAAUUCUCACUAACCAAGAUUCAUCAAUUAACAAAGUUUGAUGAUGUUAAGUUAAAUAGUACCUGAAAAUUUAAACGUAACUGUCCAAAAGUAGGUCAUGGUGACCUACUUUUGGUCGACACACUGAAGACUCAAGACCCAUCAACUGACAAAGUUUGAUGAUUGUAAGUCAAAUAGUAUCUGAAAUAUUCAAAUAUAGCCAUCAAAAUCCAAAAAUAGGUCAAGGUGACCUACUUUUUGGUCAACAAACUAUGCAGACUCAAGAUGCAUCAACUGACAAAGUUUGAUGAUCCUAGCUUUCAUAAUGUCCAAAAUAUGCAUCUAAAAUUGAAAAUGUGAAAUUUGAAUGUCUGCAAAAUUCAAAAAGUAGGUCACUGUGACCUACUUUUUUUUUAUAAAUAUGUUUCGAGGCCUCUACACGCAUCAACUUACAAGGUUUGAUGAUUCUAAACCUCUUGGUAUCUGAAAUAACAACCUAAAAUGUAUUCAUAAAUGAUUAGCCAUAAAAUUCAGAAAGUAGGUCAUGGUGACAUAUUUUUCACAUGACGCAGUUCAAGGUCCCAUGAUCCAUCAACUGACAACUUUUGAUGAUCAUAGGCUCAAAAGUGUCCAAGAUAUGCAUCAAAAUCCAUUUAUUAAUAAUUACCUGCGAAAUUCAAAAAGUAGGUCACCAUGACCUACUUUUGAGACAACAUGAUAUUAGGACCUAAGAUGCAUCAACUGACAAAAUUUGAUGAUCCUAGUCCUUAUACUAAGCAAAAUAUCAAAGUUUUAACAAAACAAAAUUUAAGGUCAACUUUGAAGUGACCUUGAGACCACACCCUUUGCUCCAGGAUGAUGCCUUGAACAAUUUUUUAUCUACAACCUAUCCUCAUCCUUAUGCAUAAGUUUGGUGAUAAUUUGCCCAGUGGUUCUUGAGAAGAUUUUUUAACAACCACUCCUUUUGUUUGCAUUUUCCUAAUUAUCUCCCCUUGUUAAAGGGUCACAACCCUAGUUUUAGUAAAAAUGAAAGCCCUUGGGCCAAGGAUACCCUGUGACAAAUUUGACGACAAUUGGCCAAGGGGUUCUCGAGAUAUAGCCCUUUUCCCAAAAAGUUGACGCACACCGCACACCAGACAUAUGGCCAUAUGAUUAGCUCUUUGAGCCUUCGGCUCAGAAGAGCUAAAAAUUUAGAUGUCUCACGUACAUCUUUCAUCAGCGAUCAUGUCAUCAAUUAAAUAUCUAAAUGAUUUUUUGUACCAAAUUGUUGUCCAUACCCCUUUAAGGCUCUCACUGAAUAAUGGAUUUUCUGUCCAUUCAUACAUGUAAGUGUUGUUGCCUUUAUACUACUUGGAGAGAUUUAAUGUCAGGAGUCACUUCAUGAAUGUCGUACAUGUUCCAACACGCUGUUCACAAGAGGUAGUUGUGAAACAUGAAUGUGUUUAAGUUCAGUUGUAGUAAGGUCAACUUUAGUCAAUAAAGUUUUGAAUUUGACUUGCAGUGUAAUUAAAAACAAUCAACAUUAAUAUUUCACCAUUGACCUGGAUAUGACCAACUUUUUUUUCAUAAGCCUUUCUCUUUAACAAAAAUGAACUCCCUGUCUUGUGCAUAAAGGUUUAAUUAAAGUUGUAGACAGAUCCACAAAAUUUUACAUGAUGUAAACAUGCUUCUGAUCUUUGAUCUAAGGUAUAAAAAUAUAUAGUUAUAAAAAUUACACAAACAAUAGUAGUCACAAUACUUUCAGUAUUGUAUACUAAGAACUAAUUGUAGCUAGAUUGCACAUAAAAGAACAUGGCAUGCAUAACCAUGUUUAAUAGCUAUUAUAAAUGAAAGAACAACAUGUGUUUGUGAACACCAUGCUCCAGAUCAUGGAUAAAUCCUGUCACGAAAAACAUCAUCUUGAUGUAGGAAUUAACCUUUACCUGUAAUAAACUUUUUGACAUUGACCUUUAAUUACCAAAUUUUUAUCUUGGUUAUUUAAAAGAUACCAUACGCACAAUGUAAGGUAAAUUUUUGUGCAUGUAGAUAAGAAGUUGGUGAUGUUUAAACUAAAUAAAUUAGUAUGGCAGCUUUUAAAAUCAGAUCGAACAAAGUACUAAUGUACUGUACCAAAUUUUAAAUAUGCAAAAAUAUUAGGUACAAAGCAAGAAAACACGAAUACAGUGUACAUCACAUCAUAUUACAGUAACAAUGAAAUAACCUUAAAGUCUAGGGCUCAAAUAAGUAUAUACAUGCAGUUUAUAGCAACAAGUAUAUUUACAUAGAAACCUUUGGAAUGUAUUGAGUAGUCUUCCAAAAUGAGAUGGAUUUAUUCAAUGGUAUACAUGGUUUCAACAUAGCAUUACUAUUUAAUGAAUUAUGAAAUGGAUUUCCUGAUAUACAUGAAUAUGUACAGUUCACAUAUGUAAAGUCACAUACACUCUACAGAAAGACGGACAAUCUACAAAUUUAUUAACUACUCACAGCUUGACAUUAGCAAUGUGAGGCUUGUCGCCAGUCCAAAGUCCAAAUAAAAUGUUGUUUUGUACUUGUCUGCAAAUGUUUUCAAAAUACAUGUAUAUUAAUCCAUAAAAUUUAAAAUUGUUGCUUGAUAAAAGAAAUGAAAGUAUUGUGCUAUUACAUGCACUUGUGAGAGUAUUUAUAAGAUAUCUGAUAUAUUGUGUUAAUGAUGAGUGUAAGGGCUAUUCCUGCAAAAACAAUAAAGGGAGGGAAGGCACUUUAUUUUUAAGACAGCCACCCAUACAAUUAAAUUUUCCUCCGCUACCACCACCCAUACAAUUAGAUUCUCCCCUGCCACCACCACCCAUACAAAUAAAAUUAAGAGUUCAAUACUGAAAUCACCUGUAUAACAAGAUUUUCCUUUAAAAGUAAAGUUUAGUUUCAACAAGUUCAUAUUGGUCUUAAUCCUAUGUACAUGCAACUAUUUUCCAGAUAAACCAGAAUUUGGGGUGAUUUACAUGAACAAAUUACCCAAAUUUAAAUGAAUUUGGACUAUAUUAAUGUGAUUAAAUAUUCAACUGUUGAUAUUGUAAUUUAUGAUCCAAAUUCAAGUUGUAAUGUCAUUCUAAGCAUGUUGAUUUUAAUAGUUAACAAAGAAGGUUUGAUCAUACCGCAAUUAUUACACUACCGUAGUGGCCUAGUGUUUAGCAUUUGGUCUUCUAGCAGUGUUGUAGGUUCAAACCUUGGCCGUGACAUAGGCCUAUGUGUUAAAACAACAGGUUGUACAUGUUGGCGUUUCAGACACGUGUGGCACAUCACAACGUGCUGAGAAAAUUCUGCCAUUUUUAAAUUUUUUUUAACAUGAAUGUGGAUAUUAUUAUUACCUGGUACCUUGAAAGACCUGACAAUAAUUGUCGAAGUCAUUGGCUGAUAAAAAUGUGGAAACGUGUUUCGGUGGGCUUAUGGUUGCAACUUCUUUCUUAACUCAUACAUAAUUUUCUUCUCGUUUCCUUCCGUGUUCGCUAAAAAUAUCACUUAAUAGAUCAUAUCUGGAGAUGGUGUUACUUUUAAUCAUGUCACUCCAACAGAAAACAUUUCGUUUUCAUUUGUUCACUUAUUAUUGUUGUCAUUUCUACACAAACUGAAACAUUUACUUUGAAUAGAGUUAUCUGCCCAUUUAUCAAUCUUUUUUCAUACAUAAUGUAGGAUGGCUGUUUUUCUUCUUUCUCUUCUUUUAUAAUAAAAGAAAUUUUGCAACAUGAUAGACUUUGUAAUGUCUUCAUUUUUAUCAUAAUUCACUAGCACCCAUAUUUUUUUUUAACCUAGAAGACAACCACCUAUACAAAUACAUUUUGCCAACUCACCAUUACCCAUACAAAUAUAUUUUCCCAAAUCACCACCAACCAUCCAAAAAAAUAUCAACUGCCUCCCCACCCCCAUACGUUUUUUGCUGGAAUAGCCCUAAUGUACAACAAAGUGUAUAGUACAUGUAUAUAUCAUUAAUAUCACCAUCUCUUAUCAACAACAACAACAACAACCCCCCCCCCCCCCACACACAAACAUUUCUCAAAUACUUUAGAAAAAUUUCUGGGGGGGGGGGGGGGGGAAGAUACUGAUAAUGUAGAGCCCUGGUUGUACUGUUGAAAUGUAAGAUAAUAAUCUACCAUUGACUUCAAGAUCAUGCAGUGUUCAUUGAUUUUUGAGAUUCUCCAUUUUAAUGACCCAUGCCCAAUUGCAUGGCAUCUUAUUCGGGGGUAAAGCUGGCAUUUCCACAGCCAUGGCAACACCCUUAUACAUUGACCA